UCAGUGCUCUGCAGCCCCUUCAGGAUCUCUGUGUCCUCCAACAUGACCUCCUACUCCUCCUCAGCCCAAACAGCUUCCUCCUACCGCCGCACCUUUGGUCAUGGCACCUACGCCUCACCCUCCCUUAACCGCUCCUUCCUGGGACCCAGCGGAGGUAGUGGGGGUCACGUCACCUCUAGGGUCUAUGAGGUGACUCGAAACAGCGCCACACCUGCCUACCGCGUGUCCUCCAACUACUACGGCAGGCCAUUAGGAACCUCCAAGGUCUCUAUGGGACGCUCCUACGCUGGCAUGGGUGAGACGCUGGACUUCAGCCUGGCAGAUGCCCUCAACCAGGAGUUCCUGACCACACGCACCAACGAGAAGGUCGAGCUGCAGCACCUGAACGACCGCUUUGCCAGCUACAUUGAGAAGGUCCGGUUCCUGGAGCAGCAGAACCAGGCACUGUCAGUGGAGGUAGAGCGUCUGCGGGGGCGAGAACCGACGCGCAUCGCUGACCUGUAUGAGGAGGAGAUGAGUGAGCUGAGGAGGCAGGUGGAGAUCCUGACUAAUCAGAGGUCACGCUUUGAGGUUGAGCGAGACAACCUGGUGGAUGACCUGGAAAAGCUCAAAAUCAGAUUGCAUGAGGAGAUUUUGCAGAAAGAGGAAGCUGAGAACAGCCUGGCUGCUUUCAGAGCAGAUGUGGAUGCUGCCACUCUGGCCCGUCUGGACCUGGAGAGACGCAUCGAGACACUGCAGGAGGAGAUCGCCUUCCUGAAAAGGAUCCAUGAAGAGGAGAUCCGUGAGCUGCAAAAUCAGAUGCAGGAGUCUCAGGUCCAGAUCCAGAUGGACAUGUCCAAGCCGGACCUGACGGCGGCGCUGAGAGACAUCAGGGCACAGUAUGAGGGCAUCGCUGCCAAGAACAUCGCAGAGGCCGAAGAGUGGUACAAAUCCAAGGUUUCAGACCUGAACCAGGCUGUGAGUAAGAACAACGAAGCCCUGAAGCAGGCCCGCCAGGAGACCAUGGAGUUCAGACACCAGAUCCAGGCCUACACCUGCGAGAUUGACUCACUUAAAGGCACAAAUGAGUCCCUGAUGAGGCAGAUGAGGGAUUUGGAAGACCGCCACGGACGUGAGGCUGGCACCUUCCAGGACACCAUAACGAGGCUGGAGGCUGAGAUUGCCAACAUGAAGGACGAGAUGGCACGUCACCUCCGGGAGUACCAGGACCUGCUCAAUGUAAAGAUGGCUCUGGAUGUGGAGAUUGCCACCUACAGGAAGCUACUGGAAGGAGAGGAGAGCAGGAUCGCCCUGCCCAUGCAAAGCUACUCGACUGUGAGUUUCCGAGAGACCAACCCAGAACACCAGCAGCGUUCUUCUGAGAUGCACUCAAAGAAAACUGUGCUGAUCAAGACUAUCGAGACUCGAGAUGGAGAGGUGGUCAGUGAGUCGACGCAGCACCAGCAGGACAUCAUGUGAGGACCUGCAGAGGACGAAGAGACAAGAAGCCGCUCCACAGCAGUCUGAAAUUACUGAAACAAAGAUGUGCAAAUAAAACUAAACCAAAAAAAGACUGUACUGAUUUUAUCUUAAAGGUGAAAGAUUUAUUUGUCCUCGCUUGUGUUUGCAGUUGAAUGCAGAAGACGUUCCUUAAGAAAACCUGAUAGAUGAGUCACUGCUGCUCUGCUAUUCGUUAAAUAUCACAGAAACCUCACAUUUUCCCCACAUUCAGCCGUCUCUACAUUUAUUUUUCAGGUAGACUUUAAUCAGCCUGUCAGUGUUUUUCACUAAUUUGCAUUUCUAUAGGUCAUGCAGAGAUCAUUGCUGCAGAAAUAUGAGGAAAAAGUUAAAGUGAUUGAAGGAGAAGAUGGUGAAGAGAUUAGAAAGUAUGCAUGGGUCACUCUUUGUUCUAAAUGAUAUCUAACCCUCUGGUGACAAGUAUCUUCAUUCAGAAAAUAAGGCACCCUAACUACCCAAAGACAUUAACAGUAAUAUACGUUUUAUUUUUGGCCUUUUCAUAAUAAUAGUCACAUUUAUUUUUAUUCACUCAAGUUAUUCACCUCAGCGAGUUUUAUGUAAACUAGUGGUUACAGAUUUCUAUAGUGAACAAAAACUGGUUCAUUUAACAAGUAACCCUUAAAUCAGGUCGGCCAUUUAAACUGAGAACUAAAUGUAGCAAACUAAACUUUUUUUCAAGUUAUUAUUUAAUGCCAAAAUUGUUCAUUAAAACUUUAUUUAAUCUUUCCUGUGCUGCAGUCAAUCAUGACAUAAUUUCAACUGUCAGACUGGCAUGUAAAAUAGAUGCUAAUAUCUGAUUGGUUAACCUGCACAGCAACGCAGCAACAGACCAAUCCUCUCUUGUAUAGCAGUGUUAGUCCCGCCCACUGAUCUUAGCUGACGCAUAAAAGAAAUUCAUGACGAGCUGCAACACAUCAGAAUAAAAUAAUUAGUUAAAAUAAUUACAGAAAUCCUUAUGUUUGCUCUUAAUAUAUAACAAAUACAAAUUUUAAUAUAUUUUUUGAUAUUUAGUUAUUGUUACAAAGUAUUGAAAAUUUUAAGGAAAUUUCUAAACAUAAAUUCUUUCUGUAAUACAUACAUUUAUCACAUAUAUAAACGUCUUUAAAGACUUUGUACUGAAUUGUGAAACCUUUUCCCCUCCACAGUAAAUGACUCAUUAGAUCAUAACACAUUUAAACAAAACUGGUCAAAUUCUUUAAGAUUUCAUAUUUUUAUUUCCAUUUAAGUUUCUUUUUUAAUCUUUAAAAAUAAACCCUUUAUUACAUCUAAGCCGGUCCUUUACAUUAUGGACGCACACUUCUAUUUGUCUUGGUCAUUUUAUUUAUUUAAGAGUUGCUUCUUUAGGGGAAAUAUUAAAAGAUAUUUACAAACUGAAGGGAAGAAAGUUGACUGCUUUAGAUAUUAACUGUAUCAUAAAAUCUGUAUUAUCAUGAGGAACCUUAUAAAUUGUGCCCAAAUGAGUGAGACGGGUAACGCCCUGUGACUCUUUGAUAAAAGUGAAGUGGAUUUUUAUGAUUGAUGGCUUUCGGGAUGUUCUGGCUUUAAAAGACCACUCCCACACAUCAGUUGUGUACAGGCUCAUGGGAACACAUGCUUUAAUUUUCUUAGUCAUAGUUCAGUUUUAAAAAAAAGCAUGACGUCGCCGGCCAAUAGAGAUAAUAAACUCUGCUAAACAAAACGUCUCAGAAAAUAAAAACAUCAAAUAAAUACAUCCCACUGGAAAACAAAAUGUCCCCAUCUAUAUUAAAACAUUAAAAAAACGUAAGUGCCGUGUUUUAUGUACACAUUUCAUAUUGAUGCAGAUGAGAAGUUGGGGCAUGUCGCUGCCGCUCAGGGCGGAUCGCAGCAUGUAACUGGGAUGCACUUCAUGCAUUUCAGCUUCUCACAGACAAAUUCAAACCUACCAGCUGCUCCUCUCUUCCUGUACAGUUUCUUUUUUUCCUUUAAAAAGGUCAAGACGUUAAAGUUUUCACAUUUUUACCGCAGACAAAGAUGUUACAUCAUCCUAAAUAAAGAAAAACAAUGCACAUGAUGGAAAAAGUUGGUCUAAGUACAAGUUUAGAUGGCUGCUAAUCCAGUUCAUCUCAUUUACACUGGCACCUCAAUCUGGAUUUGAAUUCAAGGAGGCACAUUUUUAACCAUAACUUUGGUUUUAUGUUGGCUUUUCAGCUUUAAAAGGUCCACCUCUGCCUUUGCACGCUCUGGCUAAUCUCUGUUUACGCUCACUGUCCUUUCUGUAUAGUGAACCAUUUUAUUUCUUGUUUAUAUUUAAUGAAUCAUAUCAGUUGACGUAUCUGUAAAACCCUCCUCUGAAAACCCGCCCUCUUGUGAUUGGCUAACUCUGGUAGCAGUCAAGAUUUAGCACCACUGUUUUUAAGCUGUUCUUCCAACAUUUAUCGAUGCAUAAGGUUACGUGCAUAAGUAUAUGUAUGUAUUUUUUUUAGGCAUGUAUACAAAUCAUCUCCAACUCCACCUGAAACCAACAUUUUAACUUGGAAAGUCGAAGGUUCCUCAUGAACCCUGACUUCAAAAUCCAAUAUGGCUGCCGUGCAAACGGGUACAGUAGAAAACAGUCACAUUUCUUAUUACAUUUAAAAAAAAUACUCUCCAAUCUUUGUUGGUCUACAUGAUGCAAUGCUUAAAAACGCAUAAAAAAUGCAAACAAAUACACUGUUUUUGGCUCAUAUUGCUAAUUAUUGGUAGCUUGGACUGACUUCCAGGUGACAAAAUUAUGUGAAAUGUUAUUCUCAAAUCCAAGUUCUGACUACAGAAAUACAUUUAAUACAGCUAUUCUUUGUUGUAUAAAUAUCCACUAAUUGACACAAACCAACUUACAAAAUUAAUAAACUAACAACUAAUUGA